AUUUUUUUCGGUAUUUAUUAUACAGGCGUUUUAAUAAGCCUACUGACAACUGACAAAGAGCACCGGAAACGCAGGCUUGCAAAGUUGUUUUGCCGCAUCAGUAGAUUUAUCGGACUCGGUUAUGAAACGUGAAUAAAAAAGAGAAAAGUUGAACGACGUAUUUGAUAAUAUUUUAGCUGGAAUUAAAUCUUAAUAUCAGUCGAAUACAAGUGAAAAUUAGCACUGUCAAAUGGAUAAAGCUGUCAGUUUACCGAAUCAACCUGACAAAUUAACCACAGUUACACUGGUGGAAACUAACAGCAAUCCAAACGGACUGGAGCUGGUGAGCUCUUAUCACACCAACCGAGUCGGAGAUCCCACGGACCUCGUCGCUCUGGCUCAGCAGGUUCAGAAGGGAGACCAAUUUGUCCGAGCGAACACUUGCAACAGGUUGACCGUCAUUGCCGACCAAAUAAGAUACUUACAGGAGCAAGCGAGAAAGGUGUUAGAGGAUGCGAAGAGGGAUGCCGAUCUCCACCAUGCAGCCUGCAAUGUUGUGAAGAAGCCCGGAAACAUGUACUACCUGUACAUGCGCGAAUCUGGCCAGCGUUACUUCUCUAUCCUCUCCCCGAAGGAAUGGGGUCCUAGUAGUCCACACAAGUUCCUUGGCGCUUACAAACUGCAGUACGACAUGUCCUGGACACCGCUGGAAGACGUCAAGAAACGGGAAGCUGAAAUCAGUGUGAUGGACAAACUCCUGAACAGUCAAACCGCUCUUCCGGCCAGUGCAGAGCUGAACUUUGAUGGUCUUCCAAACUGA